CAUACUUAAACUCGGCUCCAUGUUUGAGAGCAGCCACCGAGAUGCCAGAGAGGAGAAGUAGAAUCAGCACAGCGUGUGUAGCAUGCCGUGCGAGGAAGCAUCGAUGUAGUGGAGGGAAGCCUCGAUGUGAUCAGUGCAAUUCAAAUGACCUCCCAUGCGAAUGGCCCACGCAACAAAAGCGGGGCCCACCGAAACAAUACAUCCAUAAUCUAGAAGCGCGUCUAAUGCAAACUGAGAACGUUCUUCUUGCACUACUCUCCGAGAUCUCUAUCGAACAACUCGAGGCAAGCUUUCAGCAAACACCACUGUCAGGCACUCAUAACCCAGGGCUUUCAGAACAUCAAACAGAGCUCAACCCUGUAAGCCUAUCAAUGUCUCGGAAGGAGGCAUCAACUUGGACCCAUUUCCCUUUAGAUUCUCCGGAAAAUGUUCGACGUUGGUGGCAACACAAAGCGUCUCUAAUCUCAAGAUCGUUGGCCACAAGCAGUGUUGGAGACAAAAGCCCGAUGCUUGUUGAAGGAAACUCACCGGAUAUGAUACCAUCUACCGGACUAUAUCUGAUUCCCGAGGCUGAAACCGAUAUUGGACCAACAGUCCCCUUCGUCUCGGACAGUGGACCUCAGUCUUUCGAAGUCGGAGCCUCAUAUGCCAAUACAUCAAAUCUGACAUUCAUGACGGGAAACGAGAAUGGAAUGGAUUACACUGGAAGAUUUGAACACAACAUAGGCGGGCCUCAGGGAAACACAAGCCAGCCAACCGCCAGUACUGAGGGCGUCUUGAGGCUAUCAGAGGAGUUCAAGCAAGACUUUAUCUGGUAGAUGAACAAACGCUGUCUAAAGUUGAACACAUGCGGAUGAGUCUAGUAUAAAAGGUGGUGUUGGCAGUUAGCUAAAACGAAUAGCUAAUGUUCACACUCCGAUCUCUUUCUA